CUUUUCCUGGAGCACGAAACCACAACAAACACUUCCUCCACCACUGACUGACAAACACACAGAUCUCUCCCUUCCCCACCAAGCUUCAAAGACGACGACGACGAUGAACACGGCGUUUGCUGUUGUGCUGGCGGCCAUGCUUGUGGCAGUGGCUGCCGGCGUGCCUGUGCAGAAGAUGCACCUGCACACAGAUCCCACGGUCAUGCGCCUGCACAAGGAAAACCCUACCAGCAUCACCCUGAAGUCCUUCAGCUUCUCCGACUGCGCCCCAUCCAGCGCCCCUGCCCACGUUUCCAAGCUGUCCAUCUCCCCUGAUCCCAUUAAGCUGCCUGGCAACAUCACCUUCUCCGCCGCCGGCUCGCUUUCCGCGACGGUUGAUGCCCCCAUCAAGGCCGAGGUCAAGCUGGAGAAGAAGGUUGGCGUUUGGAUCAAGAUCCCCUGCGUCGACGACAUUGGCUCCUGCUCGUACGAUGACCUGUGCAAGGUCCUUGCCAAGCUGAUCCCCGUCGAUCCCCACGGCAACUGUCCUGCUCCCCUCCCUUCCAUGGGCAUCCCGUGCCGCUGCCCGCUCACCUCCUUCAACUUCAACGUGCCAACCACCACCGUCUCUGCCCCGGCCCUUCCCCCCAGCGUCCCAAGCUGGCUCAGCAACGGCGACUACAAGGCGACGCUUGAGGCAAAGACCAACGCCGGCGACGUCCUCUUCUGCGCCAACAUCGAGCUCAGCCUCGAGACCAAGUGAACGCAGCAACACACACACACACACACAUACACACACACAUACACACACACACACACACACACACACACACACACACACACACAC